UUUCAGUGUGGCUGCUUUGGUGUUUUGUCAACAAAGGUGUUGAUAUGCUUUUAGUGGUUUCUUAAAGAUUCUGCAGUGACAUGCUAGAGAYAGAGAAAAAAGAUCAAAGUUCACAGUACCUGCUCCAGCCAUCACUGCCACAGCUACUAAAAUGGAGGUGGUUUCAGCAGAAGUCAACAGCUUGCUCCCUGAGGAAAUCAUGGACACCGGCAUAACUCUGGUGGAAGAUGACAGCAUCGAGGCCGUGAUCGUGUCUUCRCCGAUGGGAGAUUCUAUUCCUAUGGAAACAGAACUGGAAGAAAUAGUGAACAUAAGCUCCACCAGCGACUCCUCAGCCACAACUACGGCCACAGUCACCACAGAAUCGGUCCCWGUGCCCAGCGGCCCCUCAGGAGAUGCAGCACUGAACACCACAGCCCCAACUCCAGAUGUGAAUGCAGCUGUAAAGCCUGCCUUUCCAGGUGGCCUCCAUAAACUUGGUGCUCAGACCCCUGUCACUAUCUCAGCCAAUCAGAUUAUUCUGAACAAGGCCACCGAUAUUAAAAUAGGCAGUCAGAGUAUUAAACCGGACGGGCAAAAGCUGAUUGUAACAACUCUGGGCAAGUCUGGCCAGCCUAUCGUUUUAGCAUUACCCCACAGCCAGCUCCCGCAGWCGCAGAAGGCCGUGUCCCAAGCCCAGGGUGGAGACUGCAAGGUACAAGGCCAGCAGAUCAAAGUUGUCAUUGGAGGUCGGUCGGAAGUGAAACCUGUUGUGGGUGUCUCAGCUUUGACACAGGGAAGUCAGCUGAUAAAUACUGCAGCCCAACCCUCUGUCUUGCAGUCCCAGCAAGUAAAAACAGUACAGAUUGCGAAGAAGACUCGAACCCCAACUUCUGGCCCGGUGAUCACCAAGCUGAUAUUUGCAAAACCAAUCAAUAGCAAAGCUGUUACAGGGCAGACCACUCAAGUGUCACCAGUCAUUGCAGGUAGGGUUUUUUCACAGUCUGCUCCAGGGACACCACCAAAGACAAUAACGAUCUCUGAAAGCGGAGUCAUUGGAUCAUCUUUGAGUACAACAACACAACAGACACCGAAUAAAAUAGCUAUCUCACCACUCAAAUCCCCCAAUAAGCUAACAGUGGUGUCAGUGGCCUCCCAGCCUCCCAACUCCCCCCAGAAGACGGUGGGCGUCCCACUGAAUGUAGCAUUAGGACAGCAGAUCCUCACAGUGCAGCAGUCAGCACCCUCCUCCCCUGGGAAGGCUAUAGUCAACCACACAACCACCCAGGCUGUGAAAUCAGCAGUGCAGACCAUUACUGUAGGAGGAGUGGGUACAUCUCAAUUUAAGACAAUUAUUCCCUUGGCAACUGCACCCAAUGUUCAGCAGAUUCAGGUACCUGGAAGCAAGUUCCAUUAUGUCAGACUCGUUACUGCCACAACAGCCAGUAGUUCAACCCAAUCUGCCAGUCAGAAUCCCAGUACGAAUACUCAGCCUCUGCAACAGGCAAAACCCGUGGUGGUGAACGCGACCCCAGUGCGUAUGUCAGUUCCCAUAGUACCAGCACAGACUGUGAAACAGGUGGUGCCCAAACCAAUCAACUCAACCUCUCAAAUAGUCACUACUAGUCAGCCCCAACAAAGACUUAUCAUGCCAGCCACUCCACUGCCACAGAUCCAGCCCAACCUCACCAACCUCCCCCCGGGCACUGUGCUGGCACCAGCCCCUGGCACAGGAAAUGUYGGCUAUGCAGUCCUUCCAGCUCAGUAUGUCACACAGCUACAGCAGUCAUCCUAUGUAUCUAUAGCGAGCAACACUGGCUUCACAGGGACAUCCAGUGUCCAGUCCCAGGCACGGCUGCCAUUUAAUGGCAUAAUUUCCUCUGAGUCUGCAAACCGCCCCAGGAAGCCUUGCAAUUGUACUAAGUCUCUAUGCUUGAAAUUGUAUUGUGACUGCUUUGCAAAUGGGGAAUUCUGCAAUAACUGCAACUGUACAAAUUGUUACAACAACCUGGACCAUGAAAAUGAUAGGCAAAAAGCAAUAAAGGCCUGCCUCGACAGAAACCCUGAAGCCUUCAAGCCCAAAAUAGGGAAAGGAAAGGAAGGAGAAUCGGAUCGGAGGCACAGCAAAGGGUGUAACUGUAAACGCUCGGGAUGUCUCAAAAACUACUGCGAGUGUUAUGAGGCAAAAAUCAUGUGUUCUUCCAUAUGCAAAUGCAUCGGCUGUAAAAAUUUUGAAGAAAGCCCGGAGCGAAAGACAUUAAUGCAUUUAGCAGACGCUGCAGAAGUCAGGGUCCAGCAGCAGACUGCUGCAAAGACCAAGUUAUCUUCCCAGAUCUCAGACUUGCUGACAAGACCAGCACCAGCACUCAGCAGUGGUGGUGGCAAGCUGCCCUUUACGUUUGUCACCAAGGAGGUGGCUGAUGCAACCUGUGMAUGCCUCCUGGCACAGGCAGAGCAAGCGGAGAAGACGGGCAAGUCCAAAGCUGCAGCAGAGCGCAUGAUCUUGGAGGAGUUUGGACGCUGUCUGAUGAGGGUUAUCAGCUCUGCAGGGAAGUCCAAAGGUGACCCUUGUGCCAUGAACUGCUGACUCAUGCACACGAGCCACAAUGAA